UUUAAUGGUCCAGCAGACUGCUCUAAUCUUAGUGCCUACUAUAAUAAUAAACUAGUUUUACGAUGAAAAUACACUCGUUCAAGGCUCAAUUAUCUAGCGAAAUAUCGCAUCUUCUCUCGUAUAUCGGUUUACUAAGAGCUAUUACUAUCAUCUGUCGCAUGCAUCUUAUCACUAAAUUAUGUGCACUCUGUUGAAUUAAAGUAUAGUAAAAAUUGCCAACAAUUGGUAUACACAACGACGAGCAUACAUCAUCCGACCACUUGAACUACAGAUAAUAAUAUACGAUUAAACAUCACACGGUUGUGUGCAUUGCGUGAAUUGUGUACGCUUGUUUGUUGAAUUGAAUGAUAAGCACGGAUUAGAAACAUUCGAGACUAUGCAUUGAAAUUUAGAUACACAUGUUAAUGUGCUUUGAACGUUCCUAGAGAUCACACUGCUGACAACUGCCUGACGACACGGUAAAAAAAUUUUCACUAUGGCGGAUGCACCAAAAAUAGAAAAGAUCGAAGAUCUAGUGAGCCAGUACAUCGACAAACAUAAGAAAAUCAUUAAAACAAGUAUAAGCAGGCUAACACAGCCAGGUGAUAACUAUGGAAGUGAAAUGAUGAGAGUUGACAUGGUAUUAAAAGACGAAAAAAGUAAAGAGGAAGAGCUCCAUGUAGUGGCGAAAAUGAUUCCCGAAAGUGACUUUUUCAAAGAAAUUUUCAACGUGCAAGUUAGCUUCGUCAGUGAGAUGCGAUUUUAUGACACAGUGGUGCCAGUCCUGGAAGAUUUUAGAAGAAGACAAGGAGCUAAGGUGAAGGAUAUUUACCCUAAAUUCUAUGGAGGAAGGAAGAAUUUAAAUGGUAUGGAAGGACCAGUUGAUGCAAACGCUGUACUGUUAAUGGAUAACAUCAAAACGAAAGGUUUCGACAACCUUGAUCGUCACAAAGGAUUCGAUAUGAAGAGCACCAAAGCGAUUCUUGAAGUAAUAGCUUACUUUCAUGCUACACCUUUUGCUUUGAAACUGCUGGAGCCAGAAACUUUCGAAAAGAAAAUAAAACCGCAUUUGGCUUGUUUCCUUGAACACAAGAAACCAGAAAAAGAUGACAACUUUGAAGAGAAUUACGUGUCGUUCAUCAGUGAAUGUAAAGAUUGUGCGCCAGCGCUUCCCAUGGUGAAGAAAUGCAUUGAAAAGUCUGAGUACAUGAAAGUAGAGAACUUCAGAGAACCCUUCAGUACUAUUGUACACAAAGACAUUUGGGUCAAUAAUAUUAUGGUGAAAUUCAGUGAAAGUGACGUAAAUAUCAAACUGGUUGACUUCCAGUUUUAUAGCUACGAUAGUCCAGUGGACGAUUUGAUGUUUUUCUUGAUGACCAGUGUACCUCUAGACCUACUUAAAAGUCACCUGGAUGACUUCUUGCAGUGCUAUCACAAAUGCUUCAUUCAAGUUCUGGAAGAGCUGAAAUGUAGUACUGUUGGAUUCGGUUACGACAAGUUUAUUGAGGAAAUCAAAGAAAACAUUGAAAAUAUAGUUGUACACAGCUUGUGGUUUCUACCAAUGGUAAUAUUCACCGAAAAGGGGAAAAAGGCCGAUAUAGAAAACAAUAAGAUACAAGUGUCGCCACUGGCGAAAGAAAAAAUUUUGUGGAUGGUUCAGGAGUUUUAUGAACGCGGUUGGUUUGAUAAAUUGCGGUAAAUCAUUUUUAGAGUGUAAUACAGAGUUUUAAGUGUGGGUUGAGUCGAUAAAAAAAGUUUAUUACAAAAAUUGUAGGCAACUGUUUGUUCCUUACGUAAAAAAUAUUUUUAUUUUUACAUGGUGAUUUAUAAAUACGUGGUUAGCCAGUAUAUUUUUACAUACAUCUUUUAAAUAAAAGUACCUAUAUUUUAUUGCAGACUUGGACAGGCUCUUUUAAACAAAGCAGCAGCGGUACAUUUUAUAGGGUUUGAUUUUGUUGAGAUAUUGGACAGCCUAACAAAAAAAAACCCCUCAACGUCGACAACUUGCACAUCCGCAGAUGUUGUUAGUGUACUAAAUUUUUCGCCAGGAAAAUUUUGUGAUCCAUAUUUUCUCCCUAUCCACUCCUUUAGUCUCCUUGAUAGUUUAUCGUGAUCGAGCGCGCCAACGAUUACCCAAAAUUUUCAAGUGUUUAUUUUCACAAUAUUUGGUUCCGUUUUUAACAUGUUUUUUUGGAAAAAGGCUUAUGGAAGUUUUUACGACUGGUUUUUAGUUACAGCUAACCUGUUUGCGUAUCAGAUAUUGAGGUAAAUGAAAAAUAUUACAACACCUUUCAAAAUUAAAAUAGUUCAUAUUAAGUUGAUCUCAGUAAUAAUAAUAAUAAUAAUAAUAAUAAUAAUAAUAAAUCGUCUUUAUUUAUAAAGUUACAUAGUAUCGGGCGAAGUUUAGCUAAAUAGCUACUCUACCACUUAACCCUAUUAUUUUCAUGGUUGUGAACCAAUGUAAAUACAUGUAAUUAACAUGUAUAUAUACAGUGGCUAACCAAAGGAAAACAAAAAUAUUGCAAGACAAUAUAGAAAAUAUAAACAGAUUCAGCAACACGUCAAAUAAAAGUUUUCUGGCGGUUACUAAUCUAAACUACAAACUACUACUUAAUUACUACUAAUAGUCAUUUUUGAUAGCAAAUGCUGCUUGACACAAACUUUAAAUUUAGUUUGAGAUACAUUUUUGAAUGCAUCAGGUAGUACGUUAUACAGUUUGGCACAAUUAUACCUAAAAGAGCGAGUAAAUAAAGCCGUACGGUGCCGUGGAAUAUCUAAUAAUUUGCCAUACCUGAGCAUGCGAUCUCUAACAGAUUGCCUGAAAACAAUUUUUUUGAAGAGGUAUUCGGGAGUUCCCGUGAUAAUCAAAUUAUGAAUGAACUUCAAGAUAAAAUACUCGUAAGAACUAUUAAUAUCUAACCAUUUUAAACUACGAAUACAGUGUGAAACAUGGUAAUAUUUUCUUAAACCGUAGAUGAGGCGACAGCACGAAUUUUGAAUCAGUUGAAGUCUGCGAAUUGAGACUUGAUCUAAGUAGGGAUAGAAAACAAUAAGGCAGUAGUUGACUUUUGAGAGAACUAGGCUUUCACAAAGAUGUUUUUUCAAUUUGAAAUUGAUGAAAUGCCUAUUAACAAACAGUGUUUUUAGUACAACAAAGCCGUUUCUUACUAAUUUAGAUAUAUGCUCACGAAAACGUAAAUCCUUGUCAAGUAAGACACCCAAAUUUUUUGCAAGAUCCUCAUAAACUAAAGAAGUGUCAUUAAUGCGUACUGUCGUAUUAUUUCUGAUAUUAAUGAUUUUGUUUCUUGGUGCAAAGAGAACAGCUUUAGAUUUAGAGGCAUUUAUCGUUAAGGAGCUAUGCUUGGAAAAACUAACAAUAGUGGCUAAGUCACAAUUCAACUCGUCAACAGCUGCUACACAGUCAUCUGGAUCAAAAGUUUUACAUAUUUGUGUAUCAUCCGCAAAAAUCAUCACUUCAGAGGAGCGUAUCAGUUUCCACAUGUCUAAUAUGUAAAUGGAGAACAAUAGCGGUCCUAAAACAGAGCCUUGAGGGACCCCUGAUAUCACAUUCUUAUAUGUCGAAUAUGAGUUGUCCAAAUGUACCCUUUGCAUACGAUUCAUGAGAUAACUAGUAAUGAACUUGAUAGAUGCUUGAGAAAAUCCAAUAUAUUUGCAUUUUGAGAUCAAAAGUGAAUGAUUGAUAGUGUCAAAAGCCUUGGAGAAGUCAAGCAGUACACGAGCCGCUGCUUGACCCCGAUCCAAAGCCUCAACAAUAUCAUCAGUCACCUUAAGCAGGGCAGUGGUGGUGCUAUUCCCUACUUUGAAGCCAGACUGGUUUAUUGGAAUUAUGUUAUUCUCAGCGCAGUACUCUUUCAAUCGAUCAUGUACUAUCCUUUCCAAUAUUUUUGAUAGAAUCGGCGCAGGUCGGAAUAAAUUAGUUUUUGAUAAGGGAACAAUUACUGCUUGCUUCCAUGCAGAGCGAAAAUAGUGAAGUUCCAAACAAGAAUUAAUCAAAUGCGUUAAAUAUUUGCCAAUCACAGGAAGACACAGUUUUAUCAUAUUAGGCGUAAUAACAUCAUGCCCACAGGCAUUAGAUCUUAUUUUAAAUAAAUGCGAACGUAUAUCUUCCUCAGUGGUCAUGACCAGAUCAAAUUUGAGCGAUUCAUCAAGUAUGUUAUUAUCAUAAAAUUCUAUUUCACUAGCACAGAGCUGAGUAUUAUCUUCAAAAACAGAUAAAAAAUAAUCAUUUAUCUGCGUUGCGUUACGUAAACUAACAGGUAUGUGGUUACGCUUCUUAGUCUGGAUGUUCAAAUUCCUUAUACCCUUAUAUAAAGAAGAUGAAUUAUUAGUUUCUUGUAAGUGCUGAAGAUUUUUUCUCUACGCUGUGAUGCAAGAGCAUAAUUUCUCAGUUGUGUGUAUUCUGUCCAGUUCUGAUUUGUCCUAUUGUGUUUGUAUUUUAUUAAAGCUGCAUCCCUCUGCUUGAAAAUAGCUCUUAAGUUUUGCGUUAACCAUGGAGCAAAGGGCUUGCUUACCCUUGCUGUACGCAACGGUGCAUGUAUAUCAAACAAAGAAAUUAUAAGAUCAUUUAGAAAUUCCACUUUGUCAUCAAUGUCUCGAAAACAAAUAAUAUAAUUCCAGUUUAUACUCAGUAAGUCGGCCAUAAAGUUGUCAUGAUCAAAAUUUUUGAAAUCACGGUAAGUGACAAUUUUUGUGGGGUCUGAUGUUUAUCAAAAUAUGCUUCACAGUAAACCAACCUAUGAUCGGUGAAGACAUCUACAUUUAGUGUACCAAUAUUAUGACACUGUUCAGGAAAAUUUACAAAAAUAGGAUCUAGUAAUGUAAUAGAAGAAGAACAAAUUCUUCUAGGCUCAUCAAUCAAUUGUUUAAAAGAAUAUGAGUCGAAGCAAAGAGAUAUUUUGUUACUUAGAUUUAGCAAAUUGACAUUUACAUCACCCAAUAUGAUCAUAUGGUCGAAAACAGUAGACAAAUGCGAUACAAGUGUAUCCAGAGUUUCAACUGCAGAAUUGAGAUUAGCCUUAGGAGGUCUGUACAACAAUCCUAAGGCAACUAAAGACGACUUGAAUUGAAGUUUCAACCAAAAUUGUUCAAUUACUGAUGGAUCAUCUCCAAUAUAAUCAGUUAUAGAAAUAUGUUCACACUUUAUAUUUAAGAUCCUCAAAGCAGCCGCGGUACCAUGGCAUGUAACGUUCACCUGUGCGGUUGCUUCGGUGUAAAAUAAAACAGCGAUAUACCAAGAAGAUGAAGACUUUGAAGAUCUACUGAGGACAGAAUGAAACCCAAAAUACUGAAUUUUGUAGAGAAAAUAGUGCCACAAUUCCACAGAAACAAGUUUUCGUAACAUUUUCGGAUGAGCAAGUGGCAGAAGAAAUUUUAAUUAAAUUCAAUUUCAAAUACUAGCCAGCGCCAAAGUGCUUUGUGCUCGAUAUUUUGUUUAUUGACAAAGUAAUGGUAAAAUGAAGAUUGUGAACACAGUAUGAAAAAUCCGAACAAUAGGGGACAUAACUUUCAAGAACCUUAAUUAAUACGAUUUUUGUGAUCACUAAUCUUUAGAAAAUUUUUGUUACAAUUGUAAAAUGCGAAAUUACUCGAUUUAAGCCUUACUUCUACGUAUUUUCGUAUUCUUAGUUCUUUUUGUCCAUGUUGGGAACUCUGUGAAAGUCUUAGCUAUGUAAGCAGAUCUUGAUAAUUGAGUUAUGUUCAGCUGUUUUAGCUUUUUAGUGUAUAACAACACCCUUUAUUAUUCAAAGACGUGAUUAAAUCCUUGUGGUAUUUUUACUUCUUUCUUCUAGAGAGAGUCUGCAUAUACAGGGUGUUUCUAAUUUGGCACUCACCAUUGGGAUCUUGGAAACUGCAAGGGAUACGAAGUCUCCUAUAUGGGGUAGUUAGCAAAAUGACACUUAGAAAGUUUCGAAAUUCAGAGUACAUACUUCCGGAGAGUGAGGGAAAAACUGUGUUUUCCAAAAAUUGUUUUGAUUUUUCCCUGACUUUAUUUAUAUUGGUGUUUUAAAAUAAAUUGCACAUUAACAGUGCCACGUAUUCUCCUCGGUUCGUCUCUUUAUUAUUUCUUAAGGACGCUAUAUUGCAUUUUUGCACAGAUGAAUAGAGAUUACAAUUUUGAUUCAAAAAAUUAAUUGACACUGCCAAAUCUUAGUUACUUAAAAAAAACAAUUUCUUGCAAACAAAUAAAAUCUGAUAAUUUGAAGGCCUACCUAGGAACUUCUGGAAUAACUAAGGUUUUGUAAAGUCAAUGUAUAUAUUUUUGAAAUCAGAAUAAACAUUCUAUUCAUGUGUGUAAGAAUCCAAUACGGCAUCUAUAAGAAAAAACUAAAUUGAAGUUGGAAGACAAGAGACUAAACGUCAUAUUGAAAUUCUAAUUGUGCCAUAUUAUAGAGGCGAAAGUGUGGCGGAGUUGAUGUUCAAUUUAUUUUGAAAUCCCACCAUAAAUAAUGUCAGGAGAAAAUUAAAGCCAUUUUGGCAAAUUUCGUUUCUUACGUUUCUUUCCGGAAGUACUUCUAAUUUCAAAACUUUCUAAGAGACAUGUUGCUGAUUAUCUCAAUACGCAACUUUGCCUCUAUUUAAGCGACUUAAAGUUUCCAAGAUCCCAAUGGUGAGGUCGAAUUUAAAAUACCCUGUAUAGGGAAAAUAUUAUUUUCAGCAGAAACAGUCGGCCAUUUCCUCUCCGUGGGCACCCGUGAAAAAAAGCUGUAUCACAAAAUCUCCAGAAUUCGUUAUUUUGUUUUUUAGUCCAUCAUCUUUGGGCUGGACUUGAUGUGUAGAAUCAUAUUUCUUCGAAAUAUGUUUAUACUUUUUAUAUGAGAAUUGAAUGGGAAUUACUGAGUAAAUCUACUUGACAUUUUUGGGUGCUGUUAUUUUUUCUAGAAAGUGCCCAUGUUUUCAUCUCUAGAGGAAAAUUCGGGCACAUUCAGGCAGUUGGACUAAGAAUCCUAGAUCAUUGGUUACAGCAAAUGAACAUACCCCAACUUUUCCAAAAUUGUCUACUUCAUUCUGAAAAAUUUUACAUUCGAAUAAUGUUUGUACUUGAUUUCGAGUUCUGACAAUUUACUGGCAAAUUAUCUACUGACUAAUUUGACAGUCACCAAAUAGUCAGAAGUUUCUAUACGAACAGCGGAUUACUUGUCGGUUUCUCAGCCAACUCGUAACGUUCUCAUGUACGCAAUCAAUACAGUCAGCGACGUGUCAGUGACAGCUAACUGCGUAAACUAGGUCAUGACCUGUCGCCGAAAAUCAGUUUGCUGAUUGUCAGCAAACAGGCUGUACGAACAAACCAUAAGUAGAUAGGGAAUCAAAAUAGGAACCAAACACUUUUCUGUCGGAAAAUUCAGUACACCAGCUAUAACAGUUGCGGAGGUGUCAGAUAUCAAAGUUGACUGUUUUUCUUCGAUAGAUUGCCCAAUAUUUUAACAAUUUUGAAAUGAAAUUCUAUGUUAUGUGAUUUCAAAUUGUUUAAUUUGAAGAGAUCUUUCUAAAUAUGCAAUAAGAUGUAAGGUUUUUGAAUUAAAAAAUGUAUGUUUGGGUCUUCACGUAGUUAUGAAUUAAUUUACAGAGAUAAAAAUACUUUCCGGUCAGGAGCAUGUACCUGGAUACAAUUUUUGUGUUCAACUUUCUUAUAUACCAUUGGAAAUAAUGUGGUUAUCGACCAAGCUCAUACCAAAAACUCACCCCGUAUAUAAUUAGGUUCAAAUAAAUAUACCGAACAAAGAUGAAGGUGAAAACCAAAAAUUAGAUAUACGAAUUGUUAUUUUAUUAUUAUAAGUUCUAUAAUAAAACGUACAUAUGUGUAAUUGAUUAAAUCCGCUUCUCCCCCCAGGUCAAGUACUGUAAAGUAUAUAGGUUAUAUGUUUUGCAUUAGCUUCGAACAAAGAAACGCUAUAUUUAAGAUAAUGUAAUAGGCAACGAACAUUAUUUAUUCAACAUUUUAGUGGAGCAAUAAAUACAUUUCAAAUGUGUAAUUAGAAUAAGCAGUACGUGAAGUAUCUCUCAGCUGGUGUGGCAUAUCUUAAUAGCGGCCGCAAAUUGUACAACGGUUAUUAAACAUAUCUUCA